GUGCUGCUGCAAGUGUUUUGUUUCUGAUUUCUUGCCAUUGACCUUUUUGUUUCCGUGACCAACUCGUCUGAUAGAACCAAAUCACCCACCACAAUCAUGCGUUCAGUUGCCUUCAACAACACCCUCCGGGGUCUAUCCCGGGCCGGCUCCCGCUUCCAGCCCACUACCCUUCCCCGUAUUGCGGCUGCCCGUGCCUAUUCUACUCCUGCCGAGAGCCAGUAUGAGUUCAUCCAGGUCUCUGAGCCCCGUCCCGGUGUCGGUCAAGUAACCCUCAACCGCCCCAAAGCCCUCAACGCCCUCUCCACCCCGCUCAUCACCGAACUCAACUCGGCCCUCCUCUCCUUCCAGCAAUCCCCCACCAUCCGCGCCAUCGUCCUCACCGGCUCCGAGCGCGCCUUCGCCGCUGGUGCCGACAUCAAGGAGAUGGCCCCCUUAACCUUCUCCAAGGCCUUCCUCGACUCCUUCAUCGAGUCCUGGUCCAACCUGACCUUCACCGUCAAGAAGCCCAUCAUCGGCGCCGUCUCCGGCCACGCCCUCGGCGGCGGCUGCGAACUGGCUCUGAUGACGGACAUCAUCUACUGCACCAAGACGGCCAACUUUGGCCAACCCGAGAUCAAGCUGGGCACGAUCCCCGGCGCGGGCGGGUCCCAGCGGCUGACGAGGGCAGUGGGGAAGAGCAAGGCUAUGGAGCUGAUUCUCACGGGAAAGAGCUUCAGUGGUGAGGAGGCGGAGAGGUGGGGGGUUGCGGCGAGGGCGUUUGAUAGCUAUGAGGAGCUGAUGGAGCAGGCGCUCAAGACGGCAGAGACGAUUGCGGGAUAUAGCAAGGUGGCGGUGCAGGCGGCCAAGGAGGUGGUUAACAAGAGCCAGGAGGUUGGAUUGAGGGAUGGAGUAGAGUAUGAGAGGCGCAUGUUCCAUGCGUUGUUUGGAAGCCAGGAUCAGAAGAUUGGAAUGAAGGCUUUUGCGGAGAAGGGCAAGGCUAAGUGGGUUGAUGAGUAAUGUAUGACUGGUUGGACAGGACAGUUGUAUGUUUAGGUUAGAAGAGAAAUGGAGAUUCCUAUUAGUUCGAAGGGGGUAUUCUGUCAGCUCUUUCAGUUGUAUCCUGAAUCUGACAUGACUUUGUCGAAAGACUACCCUUAAUGAUCUACUAAUCAGAGCCAACAUCACCAUCUUCGAAGCUGCCUAGAAUAAAAAGUCGAAGGAUCCUUACCCUCAAGCCUGGCCCAAGCCCGCUAUGCAUAACAUCUCCAGCCUUCUUUCCCUCCUUCCCUUCUAUUCACAAUGCCAAAAAAGGGACAGCAGCGAAUGUGAAUUCAACGAACAAUCAGAUAUUAUUCCCAACUACGCAAUUCCUACCUAGAAAGUGGUUUGUAAGCAUCAACACACAUCUCAUCCAACUUUUGGAUGAGAUCAACCAAAACAAAUAAGCCAAAGCAAAGCCA